GUGAAAUUGUAUUAGAAAAUUACCAGAGUUUUCCGAUCAUCCGGAUUCGAAAUGAACGCAGUUACAAUUAAACCGUCGGAAUGUAGACAAAUCAAGCACAAGAUGAGUUCGAAUUCGCUGUUGAAUCAACAACAAGAAGUCGUCAGAUACGCCAACACUUACCAAUUGGAAUCGAAAAAUCCGUUCAAUCCGGACAAGGUGAAGAAAAUCCUGGAGGAAGUGAUGAUGGAGAUUGUCGAGAAUCUCGAGUACGAUCCGGAUUUGUGCGCCAAACAAGCCAAAUUAGCUUCGAUGAUGAUUAGAAUUAAAGUCAAAGAAUUGAAUUUUGAUAGGUAUAAAAUAGUGUGUAUCGUGACAAUAGGAGAGAAAAAACGACAAGAUUUAGAUAUUAUGUGCACUUUUUUUUGGGAUUCUUCUAAAGACCGUUACUCAACAUACACGAUUGAAAACAACUCGGUUUUUGGAAUUGCUUAUUGCUUCGGUUUGUACUACGAAUAAACACUU